GCAGUGAGGAGCGCUGCAGCCUCUGUUCGGCUCCAGUGACGCGCUGUGACUUCACUCGGAGGCUGGAGGAGGACGCCGCCGCUCCGCAGCUCCCUCACCGUCUCCUCUCCUUCUCUCAGCGGGCAGUCAGGCAGCACUAAAGCCGGCGGGAUGGAGCCAGCGGGCGCGUACGGCGCCGGGAAGGCCGGGAGCUUCGUCUUCGAUCCGGUCGCCUUCUUCACGCAUCCCCGGACCGUCCUCAGGCUGAUGUCGUGGGUUUUCUCCAUGGUGGUGUUCAGCUGCAUCAUCAACGAGGGCUACAUCAACAUCGGCAGCGAGCGUCUGCUCUGCGUCUUUAACAAGAACGCGGACGCCUGCAACUACGGCGUUACCGUGGGCGUGGCCUGUUUCCUCGGCAGCAUCUUUUUCCUCAUCAUGGACGUUUACUUUCCCUCCAUCAGCAGCGUCAAGGACAGAAGACGCGCCGUCCUGCUGGACCUCGUCUUCUCUGGUCUUGCCAGCUUCCUGUGGUUCGUUGGAUUCUGUUUCCUGGCCAAUCAGUGGCAGGCUACGUCUCCCGACGAGCUGCCAUUGGCCCAGGGCUCCGACGCCGCCCGAGCCACCAUCGCCUUCUGCUUCUUCUCUAUCCUUACCUGGGCUGUCCUGACGCUGAGCGCACUGCGGCGCUUCUUAACCGGCAGCAACACAAACCUGUUCACAUGGCAACACCUGGAGCCGGCCCCCUGCAACGCUCGAGCCACGCCGUACCCCAUCGCCAACGGAGCCACCAUAGUGACCACCAACCCCUACCAAGCCCCGCCCUUCACUGAAACCCUGGACCCCCAGAAACUCACACAGCAGAGACCCAUGGCUCCAGCCUUCUAGAGACAGACGGACAGAAAGACAGACAGAAAGAAAGAGGUGUGAUACGACGCGGGCACGGACAAACUUCCUGCCUCGCUGAUUAGAGGCUUGCCAUCCUCUCCUGGGAUUGGUGGGAUUUUGGGUCAUGUGGUGUAUGAUCUAUUUUCGACUGCUGGCUCAGCUUAGUUAGAUGUAACUCUCUGUGUCAAGAAUCUUCUGCUCACGCACACACACACACACUCACACACAGAUGUCGACGCACGCAAACACGGCUAUACUCACUCGGAUACACAUGUACACCUGGAAACACGUGUAUAUACACCUGGACGCUCACACACACACAGACUCACACACUUUGGCUGCAUGUUCAUAUGGUGAGGUGCAGAUUAACAUAGAUGUAGAUCAGUGAUGAUGCUCCAUCUGCCUUAUAAGGAAUUAAAGGUGAAGGAAACAUGGAGGACAGUGAGGCUGCGUAGCUCCCCGUUUAUCAUCUUCUGUGUGCCCUCAGUCAGUCCGACCAAUCACAAGCUGCCCUGCAGGCCUGUGGCCUCCCACUGGCUGGAAUUGAGACGGACAGGCAGCUUGACCAAUAGAUUGUGAGGAGGCGAGUGAAGGUGGCAGAACUCGCAGAAAUUGGUGCAUUUUCUUAGCAAGGAAAUCGAGGCAGGACAGCUUAAUGCAUUCUGAAUGCUAUAGUGUUUCAGUGUGAAAUAUUCAUGUGAUUAAAUAUUUUAUUGUGAUAUGCUGAAGUGGUAAAAUGAAAAAAAUAAAUAAAUAAAUAAAAUAAAAUAAAAUCUAUCCACCACCAACACAACCACCCUGAUCGGAGCUGUGAGUCUGCCUUUGUUCACAUCAUCUCUCAAUAAUUCCCUGUAAGAAACUUUUUAAUAUAAUUAGGUAUUGAGACCACGAUUCAAAAAUGUGUUUAGCAUCUUAAUCAACAUCUGCUGGAGGACUAUAAUUAGACAGGGCACUCCAGUUAUGUUGAAUUCAUUAGCAGCAGCAGGCAGCAGCUGCGUGUUAUCUUUAUCUUAAUUUUUGGAUUAAACAGCUCGUGUUGAAUGAUUGCAGCACCUCACUCUGAGUUUCCUUAUAUAGCAGGAGGGGACAGAUUCAGACACACCGUCAUGGGAGUCAAAUGAAAGUCAGACAGGAAGUGGUUUUAUUCCAGCACUGUCCAAUAAUGCAACUGCAGGUGAGCGUACUGUAUAUCACACCCUGCUUUCGUUCUGCAGGAACAUUAUACAAUAUUAUGAAUAUUUGCAUCAUCUGUUAUCACCAUCAUCAUUAUAAUCCAACAUCAUAUAACUCUGACAUCAUCAUCAUUGUCAUCAUCAUCAUCUUCUUCACCAUCCAUCGUCGUCAUCACCAGCACCAGCAGAUACAUUGACAUUCAAAAAUGUAUAAAUUCACCUUUGUAGUUCUCAUAUCAUCUCUGCUGUGUUAAUAAAAUAUAAUCUUAGCCUACAAAGUUUCACGCUCCGUUAUAUCAUCUGAAUCUGAAUAAGCCCUUCUGUACAUCUGCUCCUGUCUAAAUUUCACCCUGCACCCCGCGCAGUCUAAUCUCCUCGAACAUCAGGAGGGACGGGGGGGGGGCCAGCUCCGGCUUCAGACAGCAGGGGGCAAUGUCACCCUGCAAGACCUGUGAUCACAUGCUUCAUACUCACCUGCGUCUGAACUACCUCUACCCUGAGAGUACUAAAAACGGAGAAAAAGGAAAGUGGAGGGGGUGUUAGAAACUAAGCUGACCGAACAUUUGUAUGGGUGGGAUCAGGAGAAAGCGAGGUAGAAACUACUAAAGCCGAGGUCACACUACAUGAUUUUAAUUUAGAGGCUCGAAGCGCAGAUUGAUGAGCUUGGCUGUGGUGGACUCAGGUAUGGGACGUUUCUCAAACAUCACAAAGAGGUUUGAUUUGGCCCGCGAGAGGCUGCAAUUUCGAGAAUGAUCCAGCUACUUUCGGUGGCAGUUGUACUGUCAAUUAAAGAGGUAAGAAAAAUAGGAAGAUUAGUAAUUU